AUGACACUUGGUGUUGUGUGUGGGCUAUGGGGUGUCACUUUCUUUGGCUCUAGACCAAGUCAACCAUGGAAGCAUAUUAUGAGUUGGGUUCAACAUUAUAAGCAAGCAAAUAACUCAAAUGUAGCGUCACAUGCGAGUCUUAAAGCGGUAGCUCAAAUUGGUUGGAAUCCUCCGGAAGGCGAUUGGAUAAUGCUCAAUACAUAUGGAGCUAGUAGUAGCAGUUCAGGGUUCAUAAAGAUUGUGUUGCAUAUUGAUUAUAAUGUCGUGGUUCAAAAGCUACAAAGCGACAAAAAUGGUAGUGUUGUUGGAUGGAGAAUCAUUCAAGAAAUUAAAAGGUUACUUGCUAUGGAUUGGGAGGUUAAAAUUUGUCACUCUUAUCGUGAAUCAAAUGCUUGUGUUGAUCUUCUGGCUAAUUUGAGGUGUGACCAUGAACCGGGGAUGCGUGUGUAUGAGCAAUGUCCUGCGAGUCUAAAUUCAUUAUUAUUAGCUGAUGUUAUGUGA